AUGGCCACAGAAAAGCCAGCGCCACCGCCAGCAUCGGAGGAGGAUGAGAAGGUCAAAUACCCAACUGGAGGAGCAGCACCUCAGCCCUUCCGGGUGAUUCUUCCAUGCCAUACGCAGGAGAUAGUCACGCCGCGGAUGGUGCUCGUCCCCAUAACAUACGAGCAUGCCCCGGCGUUGGUUGUGGUGAACGCAAAGCUGAUAGACGCCUGGCGGUAUGAGAUACACGAUACAUCCCCAUAA